AUGUCCAGGACUGAGGCUCCGCAUGAAGCUGGUGGACAGAGCGAUGGAGGCGAGGGCGAGGAGGCAGAGCCAGAGGGAAUGUUCAAGGGUCCCAAGGACUCGAAGAGGAAAGGCCGGAACUACCUCCGAGUGGCGCCCCUGUGGCUGGCCCUGGUCGUGCUGGCUGCGGUGGGGGUCCUGCUCUGGUACUUCCUAGGGUACAAGGCGGAAGUGAUGGUCAGCCAAGUGUACUCAGGCAGCCUCCGAGUGCUCAAUCGUCACUUCUCCCAGGACCUGGCCCGACGGGAGUCCAGUGCCUUUCGCAGUGAAACUGCCAAAGCCCAGAAGAUGCUCCGGGAGCUCAUUGCCAGCACCCGCCUGGGUCCCUUCUACAACUCCAGCUCUGUCUACUCCUUUGGGGAGGGACCCUUUACCUGCUUCUUCUGGUUCGUCCUCCAAAUCCCCGAGCAUCGUCGGCCAAUGCUGAGCCCUGAUAGGGUCCGCGCACUACUGGUGGAGGAACUACUUUCCACAGCCAACAGCUCAACCACCGCACCCUACAGGACCGAGUACGAGGUGGACUCUGAGGGCCUGGUGAUCCUGGAGACCAGUGUGAAAGACAUAGUUGCACUGAAUUCCACGCUGGGCUGCUACCGCUACAGCUACGUGGGCCAAGGUCAGGUGCUCCGGCUGAAGGGGCCGGACAACGUGGCCUCCAGUUGCCUGUGGCACCUACAGGGUCCGGAGGAUCUCAUGCUCAAACUCCGGCUCGAGUGGACCCUGGCUGAGUGUCGGGACCGGCUGGCCAUGUACGACGUGGCUGGACCCCUGGAGAAGAGGCUUAUCACUUCGGUCUAUGGCUGCAGCCGCCAGGAGCCGGUGGUGGAGGUGCUGGCGUCUGGCGCCGUCAUGGCUGUGGUCUGGAAGAAGGGCCUGCACAGUUACUAUGACCCCUUCUCACUCUCUGCACAGUCGGUGACCUUCCAGGCCUGCCAGGUGAACCUGACUCUGGAGGGCCGGCUGGACCUGCAGGGUGUCCUCAGCACACCGUACUUCCCCAGCUAUUACUCACCCAGCACCCACUGCUCCUGGCACCUCACGGUUCCUUCUCUGGACUACGGCUUAGCACUCUGGUUUGACGCCUACGCGCUGCGGAGGCAGAAAUACGACCUUCCAUGUACUCACGGCCAGUGGACAAUCCAGAACAGAAGGUUCCCCCACCCUGUCUUCAGCCUCAACCCUCCAGGGCAAGUGCCCAAGGCAGCCAGGAGAGACUGUGGCCUCCAGGGCCCCUCCAGUCGCAUCGUGGGUGGGACUGUGUCCUCAGAGGGCGAGUGGCCAUGGCAGGCCAGUCUCCAAGUCCGAGGCAGACACGUCUGUGGGGGAGCCCUCAUCGCUGACCGCUGGGUAAUAACUGCGGCACACUGCUUCCAGGAAGACAGCAUGGCCUCUCCGGCACUGUGGACCGUGUACCUGGGCAAGGUAUGGCAGAACUCACGCUGGCCGGGCGAGGUGUCCUUCAAGGUGACCCGCGUGUUCCUGCAUCCGUAUCACGAAGAGGACACUCAUGACUACGACGUGGCGCUACUGCAGCUCGACCACCCGGUGGUGCGCUCCGCCGCUGUGCGCCCCAUCUGCCUGCCGGCUCGCUCCCACUUCUUCGAGCCGGGCCUACACUGCUGGAUCACUGGUUGGGGCGCCCUGCGUGAGGGCGGCCCCACCAGCAACGCUCUGCAGAAGGUGGACGUGCAGCUGAUUCCCCAGGAUCUGUGCAGCGAGGCCUACCGCUACCGGGUGACACCGCGCAUGCUCUGUGCUGGCUACCGCAAGGGCAGGAAGGACGCCUGUCAGGGUGACUCAGGCGGCCCUCUGGUGUGUAAGGAGCCCAGUGGCCGGUGGUUCCUGGCAGGACUGGUCAGUUGGGGCUUGGGUUGUGGCCGGCCCAACUACUUUGGUGUCUACACACGUAUCACAGGCGUGAUUGGCUGGAUCCAGCAGGUGCUGAAAUGA